UGUUUGUACGUCGCUUCGCGCAUGCGUAAAAUCAUCUGUCCACAUGUUUGCGAGUAAUUUUCGACGUGUCUUUUCGGCUGCCUUUCAUCAGAGAACUUUCACCAAAGUCUCUCUGGCUUCUCAUUCCCGUGUACAGCCAUCGAAAUUUCAGUUCGGAAAUUUUCGGAUUUUAGCAAUGGCCUAUUCAGUUGAACCUCGAGGUGCACCCAACUCUCUCGACUACCGCCUGUUCUUCAGGAACAGCAAUGGUCAAGUGAUAUCUCCAUUCCACGACAUUCCACUCUAUGCUGAUAAAGAAAAUCAGAUUUUGAACAUGGUUGUGGAGGUUCCUCGAUGGACCAACGCCAAGAUGGAGAUCGACACCGCCGCUCCCAUGAACCCUAUCAAGCAGGAUGUAAAGAAGGGCAAGCUACGAUUCGUCAGAAACUGCUUUCCUCAUCACGGCUACAUCUGGAAUUAUGGUGCCUUCCCUCAGACAUGGGAGGAUCCCAACCAUACAGACGCUAGUACAAAGUGUAAAGGAGACAAUGAUCCUCUGGAUGUGUGUGAAAUCGGCAGGAAGGUAGCCAAGAGAGGAGAAGUUAUCCAGGUGAAGGUCUUAGGAACCCUUGCUAUGAUUGAUGAAGGUGAAACUGACUGGAAGAUUUUUGCAAUUGAUGUGACCGACCCACUGGCGAAAGACAUGAAUGACAUUGAUGACAUUCGGAGGUUGAUGCCCGGAUUUCUGGAGGCAAGUGUGAACUGGUUCAAGAUCUACAAGGUUCCCGACGGAAAGCCCCUCAAUGAGUUCGCCUUCAAUGAAGAGCCAAAGAACAGGGAGUUUGCCAUGGGUAUUGUUAACGAGACCUCAGGACAAUGGCAGAAGCUUAUCUCUGGCGAGUCAGAUGCAGGCAAAUUAAGCUGUCAAAAUGUUACAGUGGACUCCAGCAAGUACAAGGUGUCUGCCGCAGAGGCGCAGGCAGAAUUUGACAAGGCUGCACCUGUAGCUGAUCUUAUACCUAGGGACCCAGAAGUUGACAACAACAACCAUUUUGUGAACACCAAGGCUUGACUAUCUCACCCUGCUCAUCCCAAGAAAUGUGCCUCUUCUAACCUUUGACCCUGUUAUGUAACAUGCCUCUCAUGUUUCUGCUUUGUAUCUUCACCCGGUAGAUAUCCAUUUUUACUGGAUUCUUUGAUUGUGCUGUGUUGCUCAGUCAUCUGUUUGAAAGGCAAUUCUAUAUGGGCAGUAUGAAUUCUUUGUGAGAAGGGGAGGGUUAGGGGGCGGAUUUGAAGAUUAAAUUGAGGGUGGUCUUAAGAUUGCAUGUGUCUGUAGAUAAGUUAAUAGGAAAGGGUGAUUAUGUAUUACAUAAGAGAUAACUUGUGUAUUGGAAGGUUUUAGAAUAUUAUAAUCAAAAUGGUAACAAAUUGUCUCAACCUUGCUGAAAACUGCAAACAAUGAAAAGCACUGAAAAGCACUGAACACAGAUUUAAGUAUAUGGAACUACACUGACAAGUUGCAUCACAAUUUUAUCCAAAGUUUGAAACUGUUUUAAAUCUAAUAGCCGGGUAAUACAAAUUCUUUUCACGUGACAUGGUUUCUAUGGUACCCGUACCCUUGUAAAGCU